AUCUGCAGCAGACUCAAAGUGUCUGACUGCUUUUGCCAUCCGAGUUAGUAGCCGUGCGUUCUAUCCACCAGGCUAACUUCAUGUUAGCUGGUGUUGUUUUGUUAGCUUGUUAGGGAUUAAUUUCUACUUCUGUCUGCAUAACACGACCCGAGGCAUCCGUACGGGGAGAUCAGCGAGGGCUGCAGCCAUCGACUUGCAGCAGUCCCCGAGGACAGAGACGAGGACACAGAGACGCGAGUCCCACAGUGGAUGAUAUUCGCCAGUUCCUAGCUGUGCUCACACAGAGUUGGGACGCGAGGGUUCGAAAAUGUGGAAGGAGGCGCUGAUUUUUGUACUGGCCCUCUUGGUGCUCAUUAAAGCCCAAGGGAGUGGUACUUGCGAAGACCCGGUGACCAAGGCGAAAAUUAAGGAGGGGGAGGUGUUUUUCCCAUACUCCGAGGACCCCUGCUACAAGUGCAAAUGUGUUCGGGGGGAGACGAAGUGUGAAUACAUAGAGUGCGGGGAGGUGACGGUAUGCGCUGACGGCUCGGAACCCUACAAGGUGGAGGGGGAGUGUUGCGUACAGUGCCCAGAAGGGAUCAACGAAGUUGCCAGAGAAAGGGGCGAGGCGGCUGUAGACACGAAUGCCGCCCAAAGCCAACAGGCAACCAAUGGAGACAAAGCUGGACCUAGCUAUGGACCUCAACAAGGAUUCUUUGCUCCUGGAGCACCUGGACCAAGAGGUGCACCUGGACCCGCUGGACCACCUGGACAACCAGGCUACCAAGGUGCUAGAGGAGAACAGGGAGAUCCUGGUCCACCAGGCACACCUGGCGCUCGUGGACUUCCCGGACCACCUGGACCACCUGGGCCAGAGGGAGAUGAGGGAUCACCUGGAGAUGUUGGCCCUGUUGGUGCUAUUGGCCCUGCUGGUGAAAGUGGUCGACCUGGUAUUCCUGGCAUGCCUGGACCUAAAGGACACAGGGGUUUCCCUGGUAGAGAUGGACAAGAAGGACAACGUGGACGAAAUGGUGAAAAGGGCAGUGCUGGACCUGCAGGACCUGCUGGUGCACCUGGUCAGCUUGGACCUCGUGGCUCCCCAGGAGACAGGGGACGUGACGGUGCCCCUGGACAACAGGGUCAGAGAGGUGACGAUGGUGCACCUGGAAGUUCCGGGCCAUCUGGACCCCCUGGACCACCAGGUAACCCUGGAUUCCCCGGUGCUCAAGGACAAAAGGGUGACGCUGGUAUUGCUGGUGCCUCUGGUGAGUCUGGACCCCCCGGCCCUGCUGGUUCUGACGGUGCAGCUGGUUCAACCGGUCCUCCUGGUAAACCUGGAGACAGGGGAUCUGAUGGCCCACCUGGACCCAAAGGUGAAAGGGGACCCCAAGGUGCCAAUGGUCAGCCAGGAUUCUCUGGCCCACAAGGACCACCAGGACCUGCUGGAGAGUCAGGUCUUCCUGGAGGCAAAGGAGAUGCUGGACGUGAUGGACAACCAGGCUCACAAGGAGAACCAGGUGCCAGAGGUAAUGCUGGACCACCUGGAGAAAGAGGUUCCCCAGGCCUGCCAGGACAGGAAGGAAAGAGGGGCUCUAACGGACCCCCCGGACCCCCAGGACCUGCUGGACCCCAGGGAGAAUCUGGUGCACCUGGUUUGAAUGGUCCCCCAGGACCCUCAGGCUCACCUGGUGCUAAUGGCAAAGAUGGGGACAAAGGUGAUCAAGGUGAACGAGGUGCUCAAGGAAACGCUGGUCAGCCAGGGCCACCUGGACCCGCUGGAUCCCCUGGACAACGAGGAUCUCCAGGUUAUCCUGGUAAAGAAGGUCCACGAGGUGUAGUAGGUGUGGCUGGAUUGGAAGGCAAACAGGGAGCAGAUGGUGAGCCUGGACCUGCAGGAAGUCCAGGUGCUCCUGGUCCAGCUGGUGAACAAGGUGCAAGGGGAGAGCCUGGACCACCCGGCAGAAACGGAGCUAAUGGAAGAGAUGGACAACCUGGACCACCAGGACCUAAGGGAGACCAAGGACCUGUAGGACAACAAGGAGCCAUGGGCCAAGCUGGACCAUCUGGUUCUGAUGGACCACCAGGGCCUCAAGGAGUUGCUGGACUUCAAGGAAUAGCUGGCCAACAGGGACCUCCAGGUAUUCCUGGAAGACAAGGAGAGGCUGGGAAGCCAGGAGCCCAAGGGGCAGCAGGAGCCGCAGGAGCCAGGGGAGAACCUGGAGCUCCAGGUGAUCAAGGCCUUCAAGGACAGAGGGGUCCACCAGGUGACAGGGGUCAAGCAGGUGUUGCUGGUGAGGCAGGACAACCUGGACCACCAGGACCACCAGGACCACGAGGUAACCUUGGCCCACAAGGUUUGGCUGGACCACAAGGAGAACGAGGACCAGCUGGUCGUGCUGGACCACGCGGUGCCAGGGGUCUGCAAGGAAUUGCUGGACAAGAUGGCCCCACUGGACCUCCUGGACCUAUAGGUACCGCUGGAAGCACAGGACCCCCAGGCCCAGGCGGAAGCGCUGCCAACAAAGGAGACGCAGGCAUUCCUGGGCCCCCUGGUGACGUUGGUACCCCUGGAAAAGAUGGACCCCCAGGACAAAGAGGACCCCCAGGACCUGUAGGACCACAAGGUGUGAGAGGAGUUGAAGGCAAGGACGGUGAAUCCGGUUUACCUGGCGCUGAUGGGCCACCUGGUGCUCAAGGUUCGAAAGGAUCAAAAGGAGAGUCUGGACCUCAAGGAGACCAAGGAAAGGAGGGAGCACCUGGACAGAAAGGAAAUAACGGUGAUGCAGGACCUCAGGGAGCUGCCGGUCAACCUGGUCAACCUGGACUUAAUGGACCCCCAGGUCUUCCUGGACCAACAGGACCUUCAGGGCCACAAGGGGCUGCUGGAUUACAAGGGGAAAAGGGAAGUGCUGGUGAAACUGGACCACCUGGAUUUGCUGGAGAAGCUGGACAACCUGGCCAGCCAGGCAAUGAUGGCUUACCUGGAGAACGUGGUACACCUGGAUCACAAGGUCCCCCAGGACCCCCUGGACCUACCGGACCACAAGGAGAGCGAGGCAGCCCUGGAUUUACAGGUGCCCCUGGUGAUUCUGGCCCAGUUGGUGUAGCAGGAGAACAGGGUGAUACUGGCCCACCUGGACGUGAUGGAAAAGAUGGACAACCUGGAGCCACUGGCCCACCUGGAGCUCCAGGUCCUCAAGGAUUCCCAGGAGAUCCUGGCUUGCGAGGCGAGGCUGGUACUCCUGGCAGUCCUGGUCAGCAGGGUAGAGACGGUGAGAAAGGAAACAGGGGCCCACCAGGCUCUGCUGGACCAAUGGGACUCAAUGGACCACCAGGUCCUCCAGGAUCAUCAGGACCACCAGGACCACAGGGUGAUAGGGGAGAUAAGGGUGAUCGCGGUUCACCAGGUACACAAGGCAAUGCUGGACCACCUGGACCUCAGGGUCCUGCUGGUCCCGCUGGAGAAGCUGGACGUCGUGGUAAAAAUGGAGCCAAGGGAGACAAAGGCUGGCCUGGACGACCUGGAGGUCAAGGUUUACCUGGACCACAGGGAUCCAAUGGUGAAAGUGGACCACCAGGGCCCCCAGGACCACCCGGCCCAUCUGGAUCUGUUGGACAGAGAGGACUCCCUGGCAGGAAUGGAGAGUCUGGACCCGCUGGACGACCUGGCAACCCUGGCCCACGAGGACCCGCUGGUGAUGAUGGCCCCUCAGGCCCAGCUGGACCACCAGGACCUCCAGGACCACCAGGCCCACCUGGAUAUGCUCCAGUUUACCCAUCCAGUCCCAACUUUGGAGGCAAGGGCAACGAUCCAUAUCUGCAGUACGAUCAGCCCAUUGAGGACACAGAAAGUGGAUAUGAAGGCUUAAACUUGGCCAGAGAGGCUUUGAACCGUGUCUACAAACCCACUGGCAGACGAACAUCUCCUGGUCAGACCUGCAGGGAUAUUAUCAGAGCUAACCCAGAGUUUAAGAGUGGUGAAUAUUGGAUUGAUCCCAAUGAAGGCUCUGCUAAUGAUGCCAUCCUUGUGUACUGCAACUUUGAGACUGAGGAAAGCUGCAUCAAUGCCAACCCCAACAAUUUCAGACAGGAUAGAUGGACCAAGAACACCAAAGAUGGCCAGUAUUUCAUGGAAGAUGUCAACAAUGGCAAAGAGUUCUUCUACAAAGCUGACUCCCAGCAAGUCAAGUUCCUCCAGCUACUGUCCUCUGGGGCUCGCCAGACAGUCACCUACACCUGUCUCAACACCAUCCCCUAUGGCAUCAGGUUUGUCAGCAGCUCAGGUGAGGAGAUGGACACCGUGGAGGGCAGAUACAAGAAGUCAACAUUCAUUGAUGUUUUUGAUGACUGCCGCAAAGACAACCAAUGGCACACAGCAACCUUCAGCAUUAAGACCAACAAGACUGACAUCUUGCCAUUGACUGACAUGCUUUUGUUUGACAUUGGCAGAGAGAAUCAACAGUUCGGUAUAGAAGUAGGAAAUGCCUGCUUUAGUUAAUCAGUCAUUGCCAUUAAAGAAGUAAUCAUUGUCAAUUUAUUAAAUCGGUUUUUUAAAUACUUAAUUUUCUUUUAAUUUUUUUUUAAUUUUUAUUUUUCCAUCUGGAGUUGGCAGACAUCUGGAUGAAACAUUGCUUUUUAAAUUGUUUUUCAGUUGGCAAUUUCUAAAAGUUAAGAAAUUAUCUUUUUGAGCUUGUUCCUGCGUAUUUUAAUGACUUAAAAUGAUUGUUGGUUUUUAACUAUUUUGAUCAUUUUACAGUGUUACAUUUUUUAUAAUUCACACUUGCCUUAUCAUAAUCCGUCCAUCUAUUUGACAUUUUUUGUUGUUGUAAUGUGAAUUAAUAUAACAUGAAAUCGUUCAUUCAUGUCAUGCUAUAUAUAAUGGUUGCUGAAAAAAAAUGUUUUAAAAAAUCUUCCAAAAUAAAACAUUUUUGAUAGAAAUUUCUAAAAAUUGUUGAUCAAAAAGUUAGAACUAUUUCUCAGAAUAGCUCUCAAUAUAAUUUUCAUUUUUGGGAUUUAUAUAUUUUUUUUUGUAACAACCAAAGAAAAAUGCCUGUAUUAUAUUUUUAGUAGUCAUUCAGAGAAAAAGCUUUACCAAAUUUAAAUAAACUGUUACACAAUAUAUGCAGCAGUGUGUUGAGUGCAAGUCUGAAUGAAUGUGUGCUAGUUCUGUGUUCUGUAACAUAUGUUGAGGGUACUAUUUCAAAGACAAAAUGAGAACUUGAAUUUGUUUUAGUUUUUUUUUUUUGUAAAUGUAGAGGUAAGAGCCAUUUAUUUUUUGACAAGAUCCAUGAAUUUAUUAAUGCUGUUAUGGCAAUCGUUGCUACCAUCAGUCAUUGCACACUGCCUGAUGCCAUUUUCUUCAUUCCAUCCAACUAGAACCAUAAAAAUUAAUUUGCUGCCUGCUGUGAUUUUACUACACCUUUGGUAUUCAGUGCAGUUUUAACACCACGCAUAACUUAUAACCCACACUAUGUAUAUCUGCAGUGCAAUGUUGGCGAUUGAGUAAUAGUUUCAUCAUAAAUUCAUGGUGAUUGUUUUUAAAAUAACUUGAUGCUUUCUUGCUCUUUAUAGUAGUUUUAUUCAGCAUUUAUACUGGUGAAGUUUUAAACUGAAAUAUGUGAUUUUAACCUGCUCCUUGUUUGAUGAGAUGCUCAUUUUUUUUCACAAAAAAUAUAUAAAAUUGAAAAUGUUUUUGAGGAAAAAUGCAUUAAUAUCAUCAGUCACCAUUGUGUUAAUGAAAAAAAUAAAAUUUCUGUCCAAUAUAAA